CUCGGAUAGAAAUGUCAGGCCCGGAGAAAGAGGCAGCGAGGGAAGUCAAUUUAAAACGGGCCGGCGGCCCAUAAGAUGUGAAGAUAAUUCGGCGACUGCGGCUGAUCUAAUUCGUCAUUCGUGUAAUCGACUCCCGACAGAGGCUGUGUCACCUUCGUCUUCGUGUUUCUCCGGUUCCGCCGCUCGCCGGCCGGAUCCUACGGCCACCGGUGAUUCCAUCCCGACCGACGGUAGGAAGACUCUAUCUCUACCGACUCUUUUCUACUUAGGGGGUUGAAUCGUUGAAGUUCUUUUUUUGGUUUUGCUUUGUUUUUUUUUUUAUUUGGAAUUCGAAACUUUUCAAAAUGUUUUCAAUCCGAGUACGCCGGUUACGUUUCUCCGAAACUGUUCAAUUGGAGAUCUGCUACAAGUUUCUCCUGGGCUUCGUGAUUGAUUUCCAUUUCAACUGUCAAUUGUCUGGAGUUGCUGGAUAGUUGGUAGUGUGCCCUUCGGUAGGGUAGAAACUGUUUUGUUUUCUUUUAGUUCUUAGGGUUUUACUGCCCUUUCCUUAGCAUCUGUAGAUUGCUAAGGGUGUGAAUUCGUAGAGGAUAGUGAUUAAUCCGCCGUUGCGACUUGAAAGUAGUAGGGUGCUGUUUCCUGAGUGACAACUCGGUUCUUGUUUGAUGUUUUCAGCUUUGUGCUAGGUGAUUGGUUGUAACGACUGCAGAUUCGUGAAAGCUUGUUCCUUUCACGGGUGCGUAAGAUGGUUGAUGUGGAGGGUACAUUUGUAGAAGAUAGAAAUGAAGUGGGGAAAACUAGGAAGAAAAGGAAGAGAGAUGUGGAUGUGGAGGCUGCAUCUACAGAGGUUGUGGCUUCUCAUGCCGAAGGUAGAAAUGAUGAUGGGGAAAGUAGAAAGAAGAGGAAGAAAGUGAAGGAUGGUAGUUCUGUUGAUUCUAUUCCUAGAGAAGAUGGAAACAAGGUCAGGAGUGGAGAUAAUUCUUUGAAUGAAAUUGAGACGGAGAAGUCUGACUCUUCAAAUGAAAGGAAGAAGAAGAAGAAAAGGAAGAAUAGCAGUCUUCAUGAAGAGCCACCAUUGCUGGAAGCCAUGAAUGAGAAGUUAGGUGAUGAGGGUGUUGUAAUAGGAGAUGAUAAAGCGGGUGGGCGAAAGGGUAGGCUUGAGAAGAGUGGUGUGGAAGGAAUUGAGACUGAGAAUUCAGAGCAGGUUAUUGAUAGGAAAAGGGAGAAGAAAAAGAAGAAGCGUAGCAUGGAUGAGGAGCCUGUAUUGCAGGAAGUCCCGGUUAUACAUGCUUGGGAUUCCGUUGAUGAAACUGUGACUGAGAACUCUGAGGAUCCAAAUGAAAGGAAGAAGGAGAAGAAGAAAAAGAAGCUAAGAAUUGAACAGGAGGCUGUAUCCCAUGGAGCCCCAGUAGGAGAUAAUGAAGCUAACACAAAAGAAGUUGACAAAGCUACAACUAAAAACUCCGAGUCUUCGGAAGACAGGAAGAAGGAGAAGAAGAAAAAGAAGCGAAGAGUUGAACAGGAGCCCGUACUGCAGGAAGCACCAUUUGGAGAAAAAGAAGCUAGCACAAAAGAAGUUGGCAAUGCUAUAACACAAAACUCUGAGUACUCCGAAGGCACGAAGAAGAAGAAGAAGAAGAAGAAGAAGAAGGAGAAGAAGCAAAAGAAGAAUAAAAGCAUUGAUCAGGAGCAGCCUGCAACAACAAAGUCUGGGAGAAGUGAAGGGAAGAGAGUUGAAAACGAUGCUUCUGACAGCUCGCCAACAAAAUCCACAUCUAAGAGAGUAAGUUUUUCGGAAGAUGUGCAGGUGUUCCCCAUUUCUAAUGAUGAUGAAAGUACAGGUCAGGAUGAGGAAUUGGUGAGAGGGAAGCGCUUCUCACCGGAGGAAGACGAGCUCGUCAAAGCUGCUGUUUUGGAGUAUAUAACUUCACAUGCUCUAGGCGAUGAAGGUCUCAAAAUGGUUCUGAAUUGCCGUAAGCAUAAAGAAAUUAAGAACUGCUGGAAGGAAAUAGGGUUGGCUUUACCUUGGCGCCCCUACCAGAGUGUUUAUUACCGUGCUCACAUAAUAUUCGAAAGGGAUGGGAAUCGUAAAUGGUCAACUGAGGAGCGCGAGCUCGUGUUGAAGUUUCAUGAGAAACAUGGUUCGGAUUGGAAAACACUAGCCGAGGCUAUUGGCAAACACAGGAUUCAUGUUAAGGACGCCUUUCGAAGGCUGAAGGUGACAAAUUUAAAAUCCGGUAAGUGGUCCCAAGAUGAGUACCAGACCUUGUUCGAUUUGGUGAACGCUGAUCUUCGCAUGAAGGCCUUCGAGGAGGAGAGGAAGUCAAAGCAUGGAAUGCUGAAGGAUAACAUAAGCUGGGAGGCGAUCAGCGAAAAGCUUGAUACAAGAAUCCAGGCUCAUUGUUGCUCGAAGUGGUACCAUCAGCUGACUUCACCCUUGGUUACUGCUGACCUAUGGCGCGAUGUGGAUGACUACCGGAUGGUGAUGGAGCUCUACAACUUGGAUGCUUGUUGCAUGGAGGACGUGGAUUGGGACAAUCUGUUGGAGCAUAGGUCGGGUGAGUUGUGUCGAAGGAGAUGGAAUCAGAUGGUGAAACACCUUGGGGACACCAGCGAUAAGUCUUUUGCUGAUCAAGUCGACAUCCUGUCGAAGAGAUACUGCUUUGAUGUGCUUGAAGCUAAAGAGGCUUACUAUAGCAAACCUUUGGUUGAUUGAGUUGCUAAUUCCCUGUUUAGGUCCUCAGAAGCAUAAACAUUUUGCAGCUUUCAAGCCUUUAGAACAUGUAAAUGCCCCUGGCUGUGGCUUGUGGGUCUGUACUCUAGUCUCUAGCAAUGAUGUUUGUUUUAUUUAUUUUAGACUUGAAGACACAGGUAUUAAGGUAUUCUAUAUGAGGUGUGUUUCUGUUAAGUAGGGGGAAAAAAAUGCAGAUUUCUAUAUUAGGGGUCGUUUGGACGUUGUGAUUUGAAGUGAGGUAUGUAGCAAAUACAUGUAAUGUAAUGAUAAGAUUAAGUCGUUUUUUUUGGUUCACUUUGAGUUAAAAUGCAUGUAUUACCUUUUUGUUGGGCACACCUACAAUCACUCAAAAUGAAUGAUUAUCAAUCUCUACCAAAAGGUGAGAUUGUUAAUAAGGGAUUGUCUACUCUACUUUUUGUUUCAUCAUUGCCCCUCCAAACAAAGUAUUUUCCUAAUACAUGCAUUGAGUCAAU